AUGGCGACCCAGCAUCUUGACUCAUCUUUAGCCUCGACCCAUCUUCAGAUGGAUGAAUUAGUUGAGACCAAUCGUGCGUUACGCGCCGCUAUACUUGAGCUUACAGGCUUGCUUCAUGCCUCUUCUCCUUUGGCCUGUGCUCGUGACCAUGCGUCGUCUCCUCCUUCUACAAUCUUGUCGACUGCCCCUGUGCAGCCAGUUGAUCGAGUUGAACAUCACUUUUCCAAGAGGACAAAAGCCACAGUUUCAACCACAGAGGUCCCAGUCGAUGCUCCUGUUUGCAGAAUUUCACUUCGUGGGGAUUUCGACGAGGAGAAUGAACUGGCGAAGCAACGAUAUAUUGAGCGUCGAAAUGCGGAAAUGCUACGUCUCAAACAUUGGAUCGAUUAUAAAUAUAUAUCAUUCCCUUCAAGCACAUACCGGCAGGAGCUCGAAGCAUAUGACAAAACAAGGAAAUACAGUGGGAUAGAUCCUUACCACUGGUGGAAUCGACUGCAAAAGCAUCUUCCUUAUCCUGUUGGAAAGACCGCCGAUGGCCCACACGGAUGCAUCGCUACUACUGGCUACUAUCGGGAUGAGCUUCUGGACGCACUUUUCGAUUUUGAGAGCACCUGGCCUGAAAAUUUACCACAAACGCUUCCCUUACGUGAACUGGAGCAUACCUAUGGGUAUAAACUGCAUCGUAUCAAGGACGCAUCGGGAAGAAUCCGUCCAGGUACAGAAUUGAUUAUUGAAGUCGGCCGUUUCUUUCAGGACUUGGCCGGUGAUAUCAAAAAAUAUAGCAAUCUGUCUGGCGCUGGCGAGGCGAUUAAACAAACUUACACGAUGUCUAAGCUGUAUGAACGCUGCAAGCAGACGGACGUAGAUUCACCUUCUCCUGAGGAUCCAGCCAAAGAGGUGAGAUCACGUCUUGGCCGCAUUUGGACUGUUCUUCGAUGCCUGAAUCAUGUCGCCGUUCUACCAGAACAACUCCCCUUGUCCGUCGAUGAGCCCCUGAACCAAUUCAUUCUUGAUGUGAUCGAUGAGAACUACAUUCGAGGAGCGACUCCGCAAAACUCUCAAUUGCCAAGUGUUGAUGACGCUCUUCACUUCUCACCAAAGGAGUUAUGCUUUAAAACCUUGACUGAUCUCGGCGGUCUCAAGAUUGCCUGGACUCACCUUUAUAGUCAGCAUCUUCGCUUGGUUCGCAGCUCUAAAACCCUUCUUCUCUUUUGGGAUGUGAGUAUCCUUGGACAAUCGCCACUAUUUACGCACUGGCCUCAGUGGAUGAAUCAAGACCCAACUUCGGAACGUGAAAAGUCUACCAGGGUGUCUGACUACUCCACAAUCUCUACGGGACUGCUUGGAGAACUCCAGAGGAGCUACCGUAUAAUCUUUGGGAAUCCAGAUGGACGUUUCCUGGACCGAUUCUUUCGCAAACAUUUCCACAGAUCCGCUUCUGAUGACAUUGGCAUCGUCCUCCAUGAUCUUGAAAGCAUCAUGCUAGGGGCUCCAAGGGUACGAAUUAAUGUCAAGAGAUCCUCUGCUCGUCAAGCUCUGAAAUACUAUCUCCGCGCAUCGAUUCCGCCUUCGAUUCUCAGCUUGCGCCCCGAGCUUGAUAGGAAGCGACAUCGUGGACCCAACCGAAAGCACAACUGGCACUUCUUGCACAAUUAUAACCCCUUUUCGUUUCCCCUCAGACGGCCCACAGCAGGGAAACUCAUCGACUUGCUCAACGCAGGUCCGCCAUAUCCACUGGAUUUCUGGAUGCACAUUUCUUACCUCCUCGAACUGUCCCGGUCGACCAGUCUUGAUGAGAUGGAACGCUAUUCCUCCUACCCUAUAUUUGGUCAAAGACUUCGCGAGCUGCAAAAGUAUAUGGAGAAGCAGAAGCCAAGAAACUUACGACAAGUCUGGAAAGAUCGUAGAGAUACCGUGGGAUAUUGGGCUUUCUGGGCAGUGAUUGUUGUGGGCGGUCUUAGUGUUCUUUUGUCUGUCAUCAGCAUUGCCAUAAGCAGCGCCCAAGUCGUUGCGGGGUUUCAAGCAUUAGGACAACAAUACUAUAAUUCCUCUUCAUGA